AUGCAACGCAUGGCUUUUUUCCUACGACGAAAAAGCAGAAGUCUGUUAUGUUCAUGGGGUCGCAACACGCCAUGGCAGCAGUCUAUACCCGCUCGUUCGCCACGAAAGCUGCUGCCAACAACAGUACUUGCCCAUGCUUCGACCAAAGCCGAAGACAUCAAUCCUCCAAAGAUACAGCUUCGCGAGUAUCAGGAGGAGUCUAUUCAAUCUGUUCUAGAGAAUCUCGAAAAGGGGCAUAAUCGACUUGGAUUAUCAUUGGCUACUGGCUCAGGAAAGACCGUAAUCUUCACUCAACUUAUCGAACGCAUACCCCCUCGAAAUGGCUACGCAGACCAAACGCUUAUCAUCGCGCAUCGAAAAGAGCUCGUCGAACAAGCAGCACGCCAUUGCCGACUUGCAUACCCAGACAAAACAGUCGAGAUCGAAAUGGGCGCGACCAAAGCAUCCGGAGCCGCUGAUAUAACGGUAGCUUCGAUACGGAGCUUAGCAUCAAAGGGCCGAAUUGAGAAGUUUGACCCUAGCUACUUCAAGCUCGUCUUGGUCGAUGAAGCGCAUCAUAUUGUUGCGCCUCAGUACCGCCAGGCUCUUGAAUACUUUGGCUUGACUGAGCCAUCAGAUAAUGCGCCAGCGCUGGUUGGGGUUUCUGCUACUUUUUUCAGAUUUGAUGGGCUGAAGCUGGGUUCGGCUAUUGAUCAUAUCGUUUAUCAUAAGGACUAUAUUGACAUGAUUGGUGAAAAAUGGCUGUCGGAUGCUAUUUUUACGACCGUCAAAACAAACGUAGAUCUAUCGCGCGUUGCGAAGGAUUCGUCAGGCGACUUUGCGACGAGGGCACUUUCUGAAGCCGUCAAUACGGCCACUGUGAAUGAUGUUACAGUGCGAUCUUGGCUCGCGCAUGCCAACGACCGUCGAUCGACUCUGGUGUUUUGCGUUGAUACUGAACAUGUCCGCCAACUCACGGAGGCGUUUCGUGACAAUGGCAUUGAUGCGCGUUACAUAACUGCGAAUACGCCGAGGCAGACGAGAAAUGAAGAGCUCGAAGCUUUUAAGCAGGGAGAGUAUCCAGUGCUACUCAAUUGCGGGCUCUUCACUGAAGGAACGGAUAUCCCGAACAUAGAUUGUGUUGUCCUCGCUAGGCCUACACGAUCAAAGAGUUUGCUGAUUCAGAUGAUUGGACGAGGAUUACGGCUACAUCCCCAGAAAGAGAAUUGUCACAUUAUUGAUAUGGUCUCCACGCUGAAUACUGGAAUCAUGUCUACGCCUACGCUGUUCGGUCUCGAUCCUGACGAGGCACUCAAUACGAGAAGCGUACAGGAAAUCCGAAAGCAAAAAGAGCAUAAAGGAUUCGAUUCAUCUCUACCUGAUGCGGGCUACGUGCGCCCUCUGGGCGAUGACGAGGUCGAUGUCACAUUUACAACAUACGAUAGCGUAUUUGACCUUCUCAACGACGAGCGUGUCAAUCGUCACAUUCGCUCCAUCAGUCGUUAUGCAUGGGUGCGCGUGAAUACAGACCGGUAUAUCCUUGCCGAUAAAUCGGGCUGGAUGACCAUCGAAAAGAGCGACCAAGAUAUUGAUGGGCCUUGGGUCGUCGACCUUGUGCAAAAAUACGAAUUGGCAACGCGGACAGUGCACACGAGACCCAGAGUCAUUGCUCGCGCACCGGACUUUGAGCAAGCUGUGCACAGCGCUGAUACAUUCGCAAGCACGAAUUUCAAGGAUUUCACCAUCAAUUCGUCGCAGAGUUGGCGCCGAGCACCUGCGUCAGAGAGUCAGCUCAAGGUGCUAAACAGCAAGAAUAUACUGGACCGGACAAUUACGUCCGGAGAUCUUACGAAGGGCCAAGCGGCGGAUAUGCUUACGAAGCUCCGCUUUGGGACUAAGAAUCGAUUCCAAGAUGAGCAGAAAAAGAGGAAGAAGGAAGAGAAAAUGCGAAAAGAGUUUGAGAAACAGAUGAGUCAAGGUGAUGUUAGGGUUGGGCCUCUCAGUCAGCAAGACUUAUAG